CCAAUUAUACCUCGUACUCACUUUUAAAAUGGUCCAACUGGAAGGAGAUAUUGGUGCAGCUUAUGAAGACGUUCGAAAUGACAAGUCUGCUACAAACUGGUUACUCCUGGAAUAUGUUGAUGAUAAGACAGAUGUUCUCAAGGUGGCCAAGACAGGUACUGGUGGCUUUGCCGAAUUCAAACAGCAGCUAGGGGAAAGCAAGGCCAGUUUUGGCUAUGUACGCCAGGUAGUUGGAAAUGAUGAGCUUUCGAAACGCGCUAAAUUCGUAUUGGUAAGCUGGUGUGGCACUCAAGUCAAGGUAAUGCGCAAGGCUAAACUCUCUGUGCAUAUUGCUGAUGUCAAGUCGGUCAUCAAAAACUUUGCCAUUGAAAUCUCUGCCCAGAGUCUUGAUGAUCUCAAGGACAAGGACAUUGAUCUUCUUUUGAAGAAAGCCAUGGGUGCCAAUUAUGAUCGUCAAACUUCUCAAUACUAGAAACGAGACUUCAUUUGACUGAUAUCUAUUCAAUAAAGCCUUGAUCUUUUUAUGAGGUGGA